CCUACUCGCAAUAGCAGAGUACCAUCACCAAAAUCAUGUCUCGUUUACUACGUAAACACGGAAGGCCCGGGCGCAAAAGCCCUCCGUCCUCGCUCUCCCACCUUCUAGCCCUCCAAAUCGUAGCCACCGCCCUCCUCCUCCCGUUCUUCAGCCAGCUCACGCAAGCCAAGGACGCCACAUCCUCGGCUGCGCAAAAGUCAGCCCCCUUCGUGGACCAGGCGACCGGCCUGACGAUGGAGCGCUUCUUCGGCGCCCGAACCUCGUUCGGCUACGCCAUGGCGCUCCCGGAAAACACGACGUCGGCCUCCUUCAUCGGCCAGUUCCAGUUCCCGCUCGCGAGCGGCAACGGCUACGGCGCCAUGGGCUUCAUCGGCGACAUGGACGACAACUUCAUCCUGGCCGUCUGGCCCGACGGCGGCGGCGGCGUGCAGGCCUCGUUCCGCCAGGCCACCGACGAGGACAACCCGCCCGAGGUGACGGGCCGCUUCAAGGUCCGCCCCAUCGCGCGCGGCGUCGCCGUCAACGCCACCUCGCUGCUCUACACCUUCCUGUGCGAGGACUGCCUCGACCCGGCCCUCGGGCUCGGCCCGGAGCAGGCGUCCGCCGACGCCGUCAUGGGCUGGGCCCUGUCGGCCCGCCAGGUCUCGGACGCCGCAAACCCGGGAGCCAGGCUCGGAUUUCACGAGAGGGGAUUCGGGCCCUUCACGGCCCGCCUGGGCAACGCGCGCGUGGCGCAGGCUCAGUUCGACGCCGUCGCCGCACUCGCGGGCGAGGCGGUCGCCGCGUCGGCCCGCGCGACCCCAGUCGUGCUGGGCGCGGGACAGGGCAAAGGCAAGGACGGCAAGGGUGACGACUCUGACAACGACAGCGACGACGACGGCGACUAGGCUCUGGCGAGGCUGAUCGGGUGCUCUUUGAAUUAUACUUGUACAUAUUACAUUUCGGGACAAGCUCCCGCUGGCCUUUGUAACCAUAUAACUGAUACUACUGC